ACCAUCGUGAGGCAUUCCCUCCGUUCCACCACAAAACCGCUCCUCCGACCUCGCCUCCUCGUCGUGCUCCUCCUCCACGCCCGUAGCCGUAGCUCCCCCCACCCCCCCGCGUUGCCGGCGAUGAACAGCCUCCGAGCCAUCUCCUCCCUCCUGCACAUCUACUCGUCCGCCGCCACCGGACGAGGCGCCAGGCGGUUGGGGUUCGCGCCGGCGCUCGGAGGUAGCUUCCGGAUCACGUCGAAUCCGGGGCCGCCCGCGCUCGUGCUCGACGAGGUCGCGAGGGCGGCGGGCGGUGCGCGGAGGAGGGCGUCCACGCGCGCGGCGAGCUGGGACUCGGAGAAGUCGCCGUACGAGACACUUGAGUUGGGUAGGGAUGCAGACGAGGAGACCAUAAAGACAGCGUACAGAAGAUUGGCCAAGUUCUAUCACCCAGACGUUUAUGAUGGUAAGGGAACCCUUGAGGAAGGGGAAACUGCUGAAGCCCGUUUCAUCAAAAUCCAAGCAGCAUAUGAGCUGUUGAUUGAUGAUGAAAGAAGAAGGACAUAUGAUAGAGAGCACCAUGUGAAUCCAAUGAAGGCUUCUCGGGCAUGGAUGGAAUGGGUAAUGAAAAAGCGGAAAGCCUUUGAUAAACGUGGUGACAUGGCUGUGGCUGCUUGGGCUGAGCAACAGCAUCGUGAAAUGACAUUACGCGCACGGCGUCUCUCACGGUCAAAGGUUGAUCCUGAGGAGGAAAGGAAGUUAUUUGCCAAGGAAAAGAAGGCAUCUAUGGAAUUCUACAGCACAACUCUAAAGAGACAUACCCUUGUCUUACGGAAGAGGGAUAUUAUGCGCAAAAAGGCAGAGGAAGACAAGAAUAAAGAGAUCAGUAGACUUCUAGCUGCUGAGGGGCUUGAGCUGGACACAGACGAAGAUGAGGACAAAACAUUCUUAAAUAUACAAGGCGAGAAGAAUUGAGCUCAUGGAAUACCUGGAGACAUACACAUACAAAUGUUGAAUCAGAAUACAAUCCUCUCGGUGGUGCAAAGUGUAGUAUUCUCCCGGGAGCAGAAAGGAAAGGAUAGGAAGUAAAAUUCAUCAGCGUCAGGGCGUAGGGUUGUAGUAUGAUUCCAGCAAAAUUUUAUGGACAUCAUCUUGCAAUAUACGGAGUAAACAGCAAGCUUAGCAGAAGAUGCAUCAUGCACGUCUCUCAGAUAUAUAUUCUCCCGUUUGUCAACCAUGAUUAAGUGCUAUCCGUUUGUACCCCAAAUGCAAAUACCUCUGAAACAUACAUAUUUGUGUUUACUGAACAGAAUAUUGCACUUUCGGUCUCGAUUC